AUGAAAGGAUCCGAAGAGAGAAGACGCUAUGAGACGAUUGUGAGCAGAAGCGACGUGAUCGAGAUGGGACCGAUGCAGCUCAUCUGGAGAAUGGGAAUUGAGAUCCUUCACCAUCAUCCAAACUCCACACUCGACGACUACAAUAACAUCUACGAGCGCAUAAAGCACUCGGGAGUAAAGCAGUACUUGAAGCUGUGUCUGGAGCAGUCUUUUCACCUGCUUCUAACCGGUCGCUUCCACGAUGCCAAACAAACUCUGGCUCUUGCUGAAAGCUGGAGACAUGAAACAGCGAGAGUAGCUCAGAAGAAAGUGGUGACCCUCAUCGUGGCCUACAGGAGCCUCCUGGACUACAUCAUGUGGUGCGAGAAGAAGGAGACGUCUGAUGCAGAUUUCAAAGGUUCAGAGCCAAAAGCCAUGCACAACCAUUUCAGACAGGCUUCAGUGGGUUUGAAGGAGGUCUUUCAAAAUCCUGGUGUCUGGGAUCCGUUUAUCUUGAGCUACAUUGAUAUGUUAGAGUUUUAUGACGACCAAGAGGAGGCUCUGAAGGUCCUGAAUCACUAUGCCUAUGACAAUGCUUUCCCUCACAAUCCAAACGCUCACCUUUAUCUUUAUCAGUAUCUGCAACGACACGACGCAUCACCCAGAACGCUACUCAAAGUGCUCAAGAUUCUUCAUUCCCUUCUUCCAAGCCAUCCCUUGAUGAUUGACUAUUGCGCUCUUUUGCUUAAAUCUGGUAAAACUAAGAAGGCUUUGGGAGUCGCUGUGGACAUGCUGGACUACGCCUGCUGGAGCAAAAACCUGGAUGUCUGGAAGACUCUGGCAUCAAUAGCUGAGAAACUACAGACGGAAGGUGACCUAAAGGAGACCGUGUGCAAAGUGAUGUGCAAUAGGAUUGACUGGUGGCCUGCUCUUCACUUCACAACUUUCCACGCUGCCCAGGACCAAAGAGAGCAGCCAGAGCUCCGCAGACUGAAGGUCCCCCUGGCCAGGCUCCUGUGUCCUGAUAUGACGCUGAGGUACUGCCAGACGGAGGCAGCCACAUGA